AUGGAUGUUAUUGAGCUUCCUCGUCUUACUGAUACUAAAACUGCUGAUACUCCCCUUGAGUCCAAUGCUCAAUAUUCACCCUCUGAAGGUGUACCCUUGACUGAUCCUACUUUGUGUCGUACCAUUGUUGGAUGUUUAGUUUAUCUUACCAUCACACGACCUGAUAUUGCUUAUGCUAUUCACAUUGUUAGUCAGAUUGUUUCAGCUCCUACUACGAGUCUUUUAUUUCCAUCGACCUCCUCUUUAGUGCUCCGUGCCUAUUCUGAUGCUGAUUGGGCUAGUAACCCCAUUGAUCGCAAGUCCACUACUGGUUUUUGUAUAUUUUUGGGUGAUUCUCUUAUCACUUGGAAGAGUAAGAAACAAACUGUUGUUUCCCGUUCCUCUACUGAAGCUGAGUAUUGA